UGUGCCGUGGGAUGGAUGGAGUUUCAUUUCGGUGACUGUUGUUAGCUAAGUCAAAGACUGCAAACGCCGAAAUAGUGGCCCCAUUCGUCUCAUUAAGAAGCACAUCGGGAGAAUAAGCCCGGUCAAUAUGGCAGAUAACAUUAUUAUCCGAGUCCAGUCUCCAGAUGGAAUGAAGAAGAUCGCCUCCACCAAGAGAGAGACAGCAGCAGCUUUUCUCAAGAAGGUGGGCAAAGAGUUUGGCUUUAAUUCCAAUGGUUUCUCCAUAUACCUGAAUCGCAACAAGACUGGGGAGAUCCUAUCCCAAAACAAAGCCCUCAGUCUCCUCAAGAUCAAACAUGGCGACAUGCUGUUCCUCUACCCCUCGUCCUCCCCGGGUACGUCCAGCGAGGUGAUGGACGUGGCCACGCCGCACUCUUCCUCCUCCCUCCCCUCCACGUCGGCAUCGUCAUCCUCCUCAUCCUCAUCCACCUUCUCAUCCUCCUUCUCAUCCUCCUUCUCGUCCAUGUCGCGUUCGCACUCGUCGUCGCAGUUCCCCGAGGACGAAAUCGACCAGUUCUUGGCCAAACAGGAGGGGAAGAUCUACCGCAACAGAGACCCACAGCUCUGUCGGCACGGUUCAAUGGGCAAAUGUGUGCACUGCGUACCACUAGAGCCUUUUGAUGAGGACUACCUGAAUCACCUGGACCCGCCGGUCAAGCACAUGUCAUUCCACGCCUACAUCCGCAAGCUCACUGGAGGCGCUGACAAGGGCAAAUUUGUGGCGCUGGAGAACAUAAGCUGUAAGAUUAAGUCAGGCUGCGAGGGGCACCCGCCCUGGCCCGAGGGUAUCUGCACUAAAUGCCAGCCCAGUGCCAUCACGCUCAACAGACAAAAAUACAGACAUGUGGACAACAUCAUGUUUGAGAACCACACCAUCGCCGACCGCUUCCUGGACUACUGGAGGAAGACGGGCAGCCAGCGCAUGGGCUACCUGUACGGCAGGUACACGGAGCACAAGGACAUCCCGCUGGGCAUCCGCGCCGAGGUGGCCGCCAUCUACGAGCCCCCACAGAUGGCCACCCAGAACAGCCUGGAGCUGAUGGAGGACCCCAAAGCUGCUGCCGUGGAGGAGAUCGCCGCCAAGCUGGGCCUUCGCAAGGUGGGCUGGAUCUUCACAGACCUCCUGUCUGAGGACACUAGAAAGGGCACAGUACGCUACACCAGGAAUAAAGACUCAUACUUCCUGAGUGCUGAGGAGUGCAUCACAGCCGGAAACUUCCAGAACCAGCAACCCAACGCCUGCCGCCUCUCCCCCGACGGCCAUUUUGGCUCCAAGUUUGUCACAGUAGUAGCCACAGGGGGCCCAGAUAACCAGGUGCACUUUGAGGGCUACCAGACGUCCAACCAGUGCCAGGCUCUGGUACGCGACGAGUGCCUACUGCCCUGCCGAGACGCGCCCGAGCUCGGCUACGCCAAAGAGUCCAGCACCGAGCAGUACGUGCCUGACGUCUUCUAUAAGGACAAAGACAAGUUUGGCAACGACAUCACAUAUUUAGCCCGUCCCUUACCUGUGGAGUACCUGAUCAUAGACAUCACCACCACCUUCCCCAAGGACCCACAGUACACGUUCUCCUCCACACAUCGCUUCCCCAGGGAGAACCGAGAAGCCUUGGGAGAGACACAGGACUUCCACAGUUUGGCGACAUACCUCUCCCAGUGCUCUGCCUCGUCAUUCUUGGACAUCAUCUCCGAUUUCCACCUUCUUCUUUUCCUGGUGACUAACGAAGUUAUGCCCUUACGGGACAGCAUCGGUCUCCUGCUGGACGCUGUGAAGACCUCCAACGAGGAGCUGGCACUGACAUGGAAGAAGUCCGAACAGUGGGCCACCAUCGAGCAGCUCUGUAGCACUGUGGGCGGGCAGCAAGCGGAGUCUCUGAGCGACUACGCCAUGGGCGGUCCGUCGGCGCCCGCCUCGUCCUCGUCCAUGUGGUCGUGCCUGCACUGCACCUUCAUGAACCAGCCGGGCACCGAGCUGUGCGAGAUGUGCAGCCUGCCCCGCAGUUAGGCCUCCCCGCCACCAGGGGGGAGGGCACCGGCAUCCCGUCCUCGCCACGACCGUCGACUGCGUCGGCGCCUGGGAUCAGGCGCCAGAUUGGGCCGCUUCCUCCAUCUCUCUCCCUCUCUUCCUCCCUCAGUCUCGCUCUCUUUCUCUCUCCCUCUCUCUCUAUCCCCCUCUUUCUCGCUUUCUCUUUCCCCCCUUUUCCCACUCUCUGCCUCUCGCCCCUGGUCCCCACCUUCCCCCAUAACUCCCUCCCUUUGCCCUCUUCACAGCCACACAUACACCCCCCCCCCCAUCUCACGGACAGCGUUGAGGGGUGCGUGGCAACUGCGGCAAUAUCCAGUCCAGACGGCCAACGGGGGCAACAAGCAGCGUCACUGUGCAGUGUUUGAUCACUUCAACAACAACAACGACAUAAAAACAAAACAAAAACAAAUGAUUGUGUAUGCGUAGCUCUUGCAGUUCAGCAGGGAUGUUUUUAGGUAAAGCACCUUGAUGAGGCUCUCUCGCUAACCCCCCUAGUCCCACAUUACCUACCCCCAACCAACCCCACCCUUGCUCUUUUGAGCAUCAGAACAUCAAGACCCUCCUGAAUCUGGACUAUGACUCAAAUCGGUCCAAUCUCUAGCUCUCCCCCGACCUUGAAAAUUGAUUUGUGUACAUAUGAGUUUCAGGAAUGACACUGUUAAUUUAACUUGAUGCGACGCUUUCUUUUUUUUUUUCGUGUCAUUUGUUUUCGCUUUCCUUUCCUUCUUGUACGGUGUAAUAGUUACAUGCGAGAUAUUGAAACCUGUACUUCAUUUUUUUUCUUAGUGAUCUUGCAGUGGGAUUCUGGACUUGAAGGAGAAUUGUUUUUUUGUUUUGUCCCCCCCCCCCACACACCAUAUGAACCACACAGAAAUGAGAUGCAUUCUUGUAACAGUUCCACUCGGGCCGCACUGAGUAUCAUCCUCAACCCAACCCAACUCCCAAACCUUCACCCUCAACCCAACCUGCCAGCAACCCAGCUUUGCUGUACCGCGUACAAAUGGGUCCCAUUUGGGCCAUGGUUCCUUUUAUCCUAAUGGACUACAAUUGGAAUAGACUAAAGUUAACCAUUUCAAACAUCCUUGUGGAUGUUGAACCGUCACUUUUACUGGUUGAUGACCAUUUUUGAUUCUGGUUUCACCAGGCUUUGGUUUGUCAAUUUUGGGAUUUUUUUGGCACUUUUUUGGGACCACAAAGGCUUUUGGUACAGAAUUUGAUCUUUGGCAUUACUCCUCUGACUUCUGAAAUACAGAGAGAGAGAGAGAGAGAGAGAUAGAGAGAGAGAGAGAGCGAGGUUAGUGCAUUGGCUCUCAGAGGAGAUAAAGCAAGGUUAGAAAUCAUCAUUGUCCAAAUAGCGGUCACACAGGAAAUUCAUUAUAACGCAGCUGAGCCUAAAACGUCUUGGGUAGAAUUUUUGAAAGAUGAGGUGGACCUGCUUUUUGAUACAACUUGCAGUAUGGUAUAAAGCAUGAUACUUUGCCUGUAUAAUUUGGAUUAAUUGUAGAGGUUGGUGGACCCACUUUCUUAUACCUUUGGAACGGAAGCGAUUUGCAUUCUAAAGUUGCCCUUCUCUUUUUGGUUGGAACCUGUCCUAUUCAAGACAAUAUUUCCCCCCUUAUAACUGACUUGGCUCACUCUCGCUUUCCCCUAUCCACAAAUUCUGACUUCUUUCCCCUCCCUCUCAUUAUCUCCCCCUCUUUUCCGAGCCCCAAUCAAUCUGAAGAGGGAGCGUGCGUGCGUGAGUGUGUGUGCGGUGAGGGAUUUUGGGAGAAUGUGCUUCCAUUUCACCGUUUGGCCUCUACGGAACCGGCAUUAGUAUGCCCUCAGGGAGAGGUCAGAAAUAUCAUCCUCUCUCUAGUCGGAGGUGGGCGAGGGGCUGGGAAGAAGGGAUAGAGGAAGUGGAGGACAGUUUAGGCAGUUUUUCUUCUUCCUUAACUCCCCAUCUAAGGAAGAGCAACAACAGAACACCUCCAAAAACUUCAUUCCAGCACUAUACUAGUGUGAAAUGUCCAUACCCACUAAAAAAAAGUGUUCUUGGACUGCUUUUUGAAGCACUUGAAAAAAAAAUAUAUGAAAAAUGAAUACAUGUACUCUAAUGAAUAAAAAAAAAGGAGAAAGAAAAUCAAGAGAGGCUGCUGUAUUUUCCUCUCAGACAAAAACUUCGGUCAUCCACUGAUGUUGUUUUACACAUCUGCAGUCCGCUGCGCAUAUAGGGUACGUCUAGGGAAGGAGAAGUCUUUUGGAUGAGAUUCUCCAUGGCUGCUCCUCGAACACUCUCAUCUGUUCCUCCUUGGCAUAACACUUGUGUGUUCAGAAAAGCUUACCCCUUCUGUUCUAUUUAUUUUCAAGGGAGUGAGAGUAAUGGACGGGUGUCAGGGGGGGACCAUGGCUUCUAAGUUAUGCUCUAUUUAUGAUUUAUGAAUUCUGCAUUUAACUUAAGUGCUUGGGAGUAAUUCUGGUGCAGAGCAAGCAAAAAUUAUUAUUUUUUUUCUUUCCUGCUAUUGAGAAAAGGUUAAUCUGUUGAACAUUUCACCCCCUCACUCAACCAGCCUCCCUCCAUUCCUGAGGAGAAGAUGCUGUGCCCCCCCCCCCCCCCCCUCCCUCCCCAAAGUGAAAUUCAAGCUGACUGCACUGCUUACUGACCCAGAGCGGAAGGACACCCUUACAAUUGUAUGCUGUAGGUUGGGUUGGCGUUUUCAGAAAUACCAAUUAAACAAUAAAAAUGGAUACCUUUCAAAGGA